AUAAACAAAAAAGUGGGGUAUAUAAUGACUGUUAUGAGAUGGCGUUUGGUUCGACACCUCAAAACUUUUUGCCCUUUUACCACCGGACUUUAGUUUUUUUUUCAGGUCCCAACACCUCUUCUCCUCCUCCUCAUCGCUUCCUUCUCACGCAACCUUGAUCCACCCCAACGAUGAAGAUCACCGCCUUGCUUGUUCUCAAGUGCGCUCCCGAGACUUCCGAUCCCGUUAUCCUCGCCAACGCUUCCGACGUCUCUCACUUCGGCUAUUUCCAGCGAUCUAGCGUCAAGGAGUUCGUCAUCUUUGUCGGUCGCACUGUCGCCAGCCGAACCCCUCCUUCUCAGCGACAGUCUGUCCAGCACGAAGAGUACAAGGUUCAUGCUUACAAUAGAAGUGGCCUUUGCGCGGUGGGAUUCAUGGACGAUCAUUAUCCUGUUCGAAGUGCCUUUUCUCUUCUCAAUCAGGUCUUAGAUGAGUACCAGAAGAGUUUUGGUGAGACAUGGAGGUCUGCUAAAGAAGACUCCAGUCAGUCCUGGCCAUACUUAGCCGAAGCUUUAACCAAAUAUCAGGACCCAGCAGAGGCUGAUAAGCUGUUGAAAAUCCAGAGGGAGUUGGAUGAGACCAAGAUUAUCCUUCAUAAAACCAUUGAUAGCGUUUUAGCCCGCGGAGAGAAGCUGGACAGCCUAGUGGAAAAGAGCUCAGAUUUGAGCAUGGCAUCGCAGAUGUUUUACAAGCAAGCGAAGAAAACGAAUUCAUGCUGUACUAUUCUGUGAGCUGCAACUCUGGACGUGCCUGGGUAUAUAUAGUCAACCAAACUUUUGCUGGGGGACGAGACUGUUUUUCUUUAUUACCUAUAUAUAUAUAUGAUUCUGGAUCUCGUAGUUUUGCAUUGCAUGCACUGUGGAAUUCCGUAUAAAGACUCGAGUCGUGUGGUCUGUUAUCCGAAUACAUGAUGUCACUACCAGA